UUAUCUAUCCCAUAUCCCCCCGCGCCCCGCAAACCGCAUUCCACUGUAUUAAUUUUGCUUAAGCUGGACGUGUCGUGCGAAUUGCUGUGCAUAAUUUAAUAUUUACAAAUUAACUUACGUGCAACCUAAUUAUUAAAGCUCAUAAAGUACAUUUUUUAACUGCUCAGUGGCGAAACGUGUUUAGAAGUGCUUUGCUUUUAGUGUUCUUCUGCUAUUAUAUAAUAUCUCCUAACGAUUAACAAUGAAUACGGAAAAGGAGCUUAUUAAGAAGCGUGGCGGUGUUAAAGCAAAAUUGACACAGUUUAGCACCUAUCUAAAUAUAGCUAAAAGCAGUGAUAAGCUAAUUGGAGCUCGAGGAGCUAGCGGACGACGCCGAGGAGCGAUACAACGAGCGGAGCCAGCUCGAGGGCCAGUACUACGAGCUGGUGUCGCAGGCGCGCACCCUGCUGGAGGGCCAGCUCGACCCUGCGCACAACCAGUGAAAGCCGUUCACAUAGAGCUGGUUACAGAGCUCACAAAGGAGGCGUUCAUGGCUGCUCUGUCUCGUUUUAUCGCUCGCCGCGGGCGGCCUCAGAAUAUUCACUCCGACCAGGGAACCAGCUUUGUUGGCGCUUCUAACGAAUUACAACGCUUCUUAAAAGAUACCUCUGACGAUAUCUCUGGCCAACUUGCUGAUGACGGUAUCAAAUUUAACUUCAUCCCACCAUAUACACCUCAUUUCGGAGGAUUGUGGGAGGCAGCUGUCAAAUCAGUAAAAUUCCACUUGAGACGAGUUCUAGGUCUAGCUCACUUGACAUAUGAGGAGAUGUCAACUUGCUUAAGUCAAAUAGAGGCUAUUUUAAACUCUCGUCCCCUAACACCGCUCCCUUCAGAUCCCUCCAAUGACUUCACAGCCCUUACCCCCGCUCACUUCCUCAUUGGACGGUCUCUCAUGUCAGUUCCUCAUCCGCAGGUCACAGAUGCCAACAUAAAGCUGCUGCCAAGAUACCAGCGGGUUGAGCAGAUACGACAACAUUUUUGGAACCGGUUCUCUAACGAGUACUUGUCUUUGCUACAGCAGAAAACCAAAUGGCACCGGUCUUCUCCAGAGCAGUUGAUGGAAGGGACGCUGGUCCUAGUAAAGGACAGAACGAUGCCACCACUACUCUGGCCACUGGGACGCAUCAUCAAGGUCCACCCGGGCACUGAUGGCAUCACAAGGGUCGUCGACGUCCUCACCAAGAAGGGCACCAUACAGCGAGCCUACAACAACAUCUGCCCGCUGCCAACUUCUUGAACACAGCGUUCAACCCGGGGAGCAUGUUCGAGCACCGCGUCAUCAUAAUCAUUCAUAAUAAUCAUUCAUUCAACUAUUUACUUCAUUCAAUUUGUAUCGCAUUGUAACAUUCAUUCAUUUUGUAUAACUUCACUCAAAACCAUUCAAAAUUCGCUCUCUUACCUUUUGGAUCUCAUACAGAACACAUCUACUUAUCCGAAAUAUUGUAACGCGGCUCUUACUGUGAACCAGAAUAUACCAUCAUAAAAAUACA